AUGCGCAAGUGCAAAAUCUUUGUAGGAUCGUCGCAUCCUGAGUUGGGCCAGUUGGUUUGCGACCGGUUGGGCGUCGAGCCGGCCCCGUGCACCUUGAAAAAGUUUAGCAACGGCGAGACAUCGGUCCAGAUUGGCGUGAGUGUAAGAGACGAGGACGUUUACGUCAUUCAAAGCGGCUCGCCGCACAUCAACGACCACAUCAUGGAGUUGUUGAUAUUGAUCAGCGCAUGCCGCGGCGGAAGUGCAAACAAGAUUACCGCGGUCAUCCCGCAGUUUCCCUACAGCAAGCAGAGCAAGAUGAAGAAGCACCGUGGUGCCAUUACUGCCAGGAUGUUGGCCAACUUGUUGGUGAUGGCUGGCGCAGACCAUGUUGUCAGCAUGGACUUGCAUGCAAGCCAGAUGCAGGGGUUUUUCACCAAACCGGUGGACAAUUUGUUGGGGGCGCCCACGUUGGCCAGGUGGAUCCGCCACAACAUCCCCGACUGGGAAAACUCGGUUGUUGUUUCCAAGAACCCCGGUGGCACCAAAAGAGUCACGGCGUUGGCCGACUCGUUGAAGAUCAACUUUGCCAUGAUCCACACCGACAGAAGGAGAACCCAGGACGAGUACGCACGCAAGAAGGCGUUGAAGAAGGCCAAGAUUAUUGCUGAAGACGGUGGGGACGCUACGGAGCAGGACAACAUUGUCAACGAGCUUCAGACGGCUCGGAUUGUCCAGGGCCACGUGGUGGAUGAUGACUACCAAUUCAAGAGCGAGCGUGCUCAUCGGGAGGGUGUUUUGGAAAACAGUGUUCUCUGCGACUCCAACGGCUCGCACUUGACCAAGCCCAAUAUGUUGGACAGCGAUGUGCUUGGUGGGUCGUAUAACGCCGCGCAGAACUCGGACGACGAAGAUGGGCCCUUGGUUGAGGAAAAGUUGAUUACUCUCGUUGGCGACGUCAAGGGCAAAGUCGCCAUUAUCUUGGACGACAUGAUUGACAAGCCCAACUCGUUCAUUGCCGCGGCGGAGCACUUGAGAUUGAACUGUGGCGCCAAAGCCGUUUACGUGGUUGGCACCCACGGGGUGUUUAACGACAGCUGCUUGAGCGCUUUGACCGACUCCAAAUGCAUCGACAAGAUUGUAGUUACCAAUACGUAUCCGAUCCCGAAAGAGGAAAUCGAGGCGCACAAGGACAAGCUAGUGGUGAUUGACGUUUCGCCAAUCUUUGCCGAAUGUAUCAGAAGAGACCAUUUCGGGGAGUCCAUAUCGGUUUUGUUUGACUCGCUUACAGCCGUGGGGUAG